GAUGUUUCUCGAGUGACGUAAAAUCUAGUGGACGGGACGGGAGGUUUCUUCACCAACCAUCUCGGUAACUCGCUAGCAAACAUGACACAUUGAAGCUCUUUGGACUCAUUUUGUGUAUAUUAAUCACAGUGUUUKAAACACACUGUAUAUGUAUGUACUAGUUAAUCCAUUUAAGUUCAUAUUUACGUUGUCAGCUAUCUGGCUUGUUAAGUUAGCCCAGCACUAGGCUAGUCGCUAAUGCUAAAUAGCUAGCUAGCUAGCUCACGUUCCCGACCAUGAGCUCACUAAGCUACUCUCCCCCUGCUAAAGAAAAUGAGGUCUGUUCGACGGAGAAAGAAGCUCCAGGGCUGAACAUUUACGUGAAAGAAGAAGAAGAAUUUACUGUAAAAGAAGAGGACGUGGAGGAAGCUAUCACAGUGAAAGAAGCAGAGGAUGUUACAGUGAAAGAAGAGGAAGAAGCUUUCAGGGUGAAAGAGGAGGGGGUGAACAGAAAGAGGAGGGUGCCGUGUUUGUAGUGAAAGAGGAGGAGGUGGUGACUGUCACAGUGAAAGAAGAGGAGCAUCUUUUUGAAAUGAAGGAAGAGGGGGAGAUUACUGUCACAUUGGAGGAGGAGGAAGACGACGAGACUGGAGAUCUGAUGAACACCAGAGAGAGACUAGACUUUCAUUCUGACAGCGGGAAKAGUCCUUCAGGGGAACCAGAACCAGAGACGUCGAAACCAGCAMGACGACACCACUGCUCCCAGUGUGGAAAGMGUUUUUCUAGGUUAGGAAGCCUGAAAUCACACGAAAGAAUACACACAGGAGAGAAGCCUUACCACUGCACUCAAUGUGGAAAUAGAUUUACCUCUUUAGGGACCCUGAAAGAUCAUGUAAGAAAACAUACAGGAGAGAAGCCCCACCAAUGUUCCCAGUGUGAAAAGAGUUUCCCCCGGUUAUGGGACCUGAAAUCACAUGAGAGGACACACACAGGAGAGAAGCCUUACCCCUGCUCCCAGUGUGGAAAGAGUUUUUCCACAUCAGGGUCCCUGAAAAACCAYGAGCAWACACAUUCCGUAGAAAAGAUUUUCUGCUGUUCACAUUGUGAAAAGAGUUUUAGGAAUUUACAGUACUUGAAAAGGCAUGAGAAAAGACAUACACGGGAGAAGACWUUUCACUGCUCCCACUGUGGAAUKAAAUUUACCUUGUUUCAGCAACUGAAAAAGCAUGAAAGAAUCCACAGCGGAGAGAAACGUUAUGAAUGCUCCCARUGUGGGAARAUAUUUACCCAGUUAGGGCACCUGAAAGACCAUGAGGUAACACACACAGGGGAGAAGCCUUACCACUGCUCACAGUGUGGAAAGGARUAUAACACAUCAAAUGGACUUAAAGUUCAUGAGAGAACACACAUACUGCUCCCACACUUGUCUCAUAUUUUUGACUGAGAAAUUGUGCUUUUGUUUAAGCCACAUGAAAUCAAAUUGURUAAAGUGCAUUCCAAAAUAMAUUUUWACGUUUUUUAUUUAAACACAUGAACUGAAUAUGGAGURURUCAGCUUGAAAGUAGAGUUUGUAUGUUCGAAUGUAGAUGCUCUGUGAUUAAAUUAUCAUUUUCAAACUCUG